AUGAUUGUCCCAAAACUGAGUUUGUUUUUCCCCGUUCGCGGUAGUGGUCACCCAAUCGUGUCCCGCGUGCCCGGGACAUGGUCCCCGACGCACCCUUAUCGGCAAGGUCGUGACGCAGCUUGGAUAUUGCAGCGCGUUAUAUACGUCUUCAUCGCCAUCGCUGGAUUUGCCGCCCUGGCGUUGGUGAUUUGGUAUUAUCGCCGGCGGGAGCGCUCGAGACGCGCCAAAGGAAAGCCUGUUUUGUAUGGCCGCGGAGGCCGCAGGUGGCUGAAAUGGCACGAUCAGCACAAAUCCGACACCACGGCUGCUGGGUAUUCGAAGGACAUGCCUGAAGAUAGGAGUUUGGUGACAACGCAACACGAAUGUGUGAUGCCGGAGAAGCCAAGACCGACCUACGAAAAUCCUGCCCGGGUGGGCAACUACAAGAGACAUCCAAACCCCGAGAGCAUGCUCAAAGUGUGA